GUAGAAUCGCGUAGUGUCGCGUUGUCUUUUCGCGAGAGCGUGAAAAUUUCGGUACGACGCGGGGGUACAUUGGCGGGAGAGAGAGAGAGAGAGAGAGAGAGAGAGAGAGAGAGAGAGAGAGAGGGAAAAAGAAAGAAAGAGAGAGAGAGAGAGGCGCGUCCGUCCGCCCGCGAAAGAGCGUCGUCGUCAUCUUCGUGGAGAGACCCGCGUCGAGAGAUCCUCGAACCGGUGCGAACGAGUCACUCGGCUACGAUCGAUCGGCAGCCCGUAGUCCCGCGAUAUCGGUGCGAGCCACGUCGAGGGCGAGACGGGAAGAGACUCGACUCGACUCGACUCUCGAGUUCCGUCAUCCGGCAUCGUCAUUUACGUCGGCAUUCGCGGCGCGACUCGUCGGGAGUCUUGCCGAAGUGCGGAGAGGAAGAGCGACGAAGCGUCGAGUGCCUGUCGCUCGCUCGUCGGAGGCUGCUGGCUCGCGCUCGGAGGCAACGGAGGAGGCGCAGCGACUCCCCAGUUAUCUCCCCAUGAACUCGUGACAGUGCAGCGACCAGGAGGAAGCCGUACCGAGGCAGAGACGGAGAGAUAGCCUGCCGAUCGACGGGGAAUCUCGGUCUCGAGGAGCGACGAAGCGUUGCACGCGAGACGGAGACAACGGAAGAAGAGUGAAAGGGAAGGAGAAAGAAAGACAGAGACAGACGGAGGGAGAGAGAGAGACACGGGAGCUCGUGCGUGCGUGUGUGUAUGCGCGCUUGAGAGCCGUCGAGCCGACUUGCGCGAGCGACAGAGACAGCGAGGGAGAGAUAGAUAGAACGACAGAGAGGAGGCGGAAGAAUUAUCGAGUGAACCCAGGAGAGGAUAUUGCGUUCUGCGAGCGAAGCGUGGGGUAUCCAGGAGGCACGAGAGAUCAGUCUCACUGAAGGCAAAUCGAAGCAAAACGUGGCGGAUUCGGUGACCCUUCGACUGUGACCAGGCCCACAGGUAGUUGAUAGGGCAAGGAGAUGCGUGAAUAUAAAAUAGUGGUGCUGGGCAGUGGAGGUGUAGGCAAGUCCGCCCUCACUGUCCAAUUCGUACAAGAGAUCUUUGUAGAGAAGUACGAUCCGACGAUCGAAGACAGUUACCGUAAACAAGUCGAGGUCGACGGUCAACAAUGUAUGUUAGAAAUCCUAGACACAGCCGGCACAGAACAAUUCACAGCCAUGAGGGACCUUUAUAUGAAAAAUGGGCAGGGCUUCGUAUUAGUAUAUUCGAUAACAGCACAAUCGACCUUCAACGAUCUACAGGAUCUCAGAGAACAGAUCUUACGAGUAAAGGACACAGAUGACGUACCAAUGGUGCUAGUAGGCAACAAGUGCGACCUGGAAGACGAAAGGGUAGUAGGAAAGGAUCAGGGUGUCAAUCUUGCCCGGCAAUUCAAUUGUGUGUUUAUGGAGACCUCUGCCAAAGCUAAAAUUAAUGUUCGCGAUAUUUUCUACGACCUGGUGCGGCAAAUAAAUAAGAAAUCGCCAGAGAAAAAGAUGAAGCAGAAAAAGAAAUCGCUGUGCCUACUUUUAUAAGGUAGAUAUGGCGGAGCCCAUACUCUCCUACAUAAAAAUCCGAAGAUACCAGUGGUUAAAAAAAAAAAGAUUGGAAUGGUUAUAAAUCAAGAAAUAUACUAAUGACAAAAGAGGAGAAGGGGGCUGACAGAAUAUUAAGUGACAGUAGAGAAUGCGAGUUUAAGAUAUCGAAAUCCAGACGGUUGUAAAAUGACAGGGGAAUGAGGGCACAAGGUAAUGCACCGGAAUGAAGAACGAAGGAAUACAAGAUAAUAGAAAGGAAGGAACACAGCGAUAAGCGAGAAAGAGGAUAUUGUAUAUACGUUGGUUCCGGGGUGGCUCGUGUGCACGCGUAAACAAUGGCGCACAAAGUAGGGAUACGAGACCCCGCAACAUCGCGGUUAUCAUUGUAGGAGUUUUGCAUGAAUAAAUGAAGAAAAGAAAUGAUUAAUUAAUAUUAUAUUUAGGAGAAAGAAAGAGAAAAAAAAUGUUUGUGGACGUGCGCGUGCGCAGGUCACCAGCCCCCAUGCAUCGCUCGCCGCGCACCUCUCUCUCUCUUAUAUAAUAUAAUAAUUAUACAUAGAUGGUACACACAUGAACAUGAUUAUUGCUAUUAUUAUUAUUAAUAUUAAUUAUUAAUUAUUAUCGGGAUCAUCAAAAUAUUCAUAAGUUAUCAAACUGUUCGUUUCUCAAACAAAGUAUGUUUUUCUAUAUCUCUCCGUAUUAAGGCAAAUAAUAAAAAAAAAUCAAUGAAUGUUAAAGAAAAGGACCCAAGUUUCCUACUCUUAUAAUGUAA